GCACAAGAGGAUGAAGAAGCGCAAGGAGCUCAACGCGCUCAUCGGCCUCGACGGGCGCCGCAAGAAGCCCGCCAAGAAGGGCUCGGGCCACCGGCUGCUGCGCACCGAGCCGCCCGCCUCCGACUCCGAGUCGAGCUCCGAGGAGGACGAGUUCGCGGCGGCCUCCGCGUGCGGGACCCGCGCCAGGGGAGAAUACCUGCGGUGCUGCAGGGUCUGCUACCCGCUGUGCGCCUUUGUCAUCCUUGCUGCUUGCGUGGUCGCCUGCGUUGGCCUCGUCUGGAUGCAGGUGGCUCUCAAGGAAGACCUGGACGCGCUAAAGGAAAAGUUUAGAACGAUGGAAUCUAAUCAGAAGACAUCAUUCCAGGAAAUUCCUAAACUGAAUGAAGAUUUGCUGCAGAAGCAAAAGCAGCUAGAACAAAUUGAGACCGGAGAGCUAGGACUAAACAAAAUUUGGAUAAACAUUACAGAGAUCAAUAAACAGGUAUCACUAUUGACCUCAACAGUAAAUCAUCUCAAAACCAGUAUCAAGUCUGCUUCCGAUUUGAUUAUUCUUCCUGUCACUGUAGAGAAACUCCAGAAGACUGUGGCAAACAUAGGUAGCACAUUAACCAGCGUUUCUCAUGAUGUUGAAAAUAUGCAGACAGCAAUUGAAGAGUACAAGAAAUCCAUAGAAGCACUCCAGAAUGAUGUGAAGGAAUUAAAGCAGAUGCCUUCGCUUCCUUCCAUCGGUACACCAAGCACUCAGAUAAAUCAGACAGAAAACUGCAAACAGGAAAGCCAGUCCCUGCAUGCAGCUUUGGAGGAGCUAAACAAUACUGUAGUGACGUACCAAAAGUUGAAUGAUAUAAAGCUUCUAAAUGUGGAUUCUACCAUUGGUAAUCUAAGCCAGAGGGUUACGCUGUUGGAAAGCUCUCUGGCUGCUGUGAAUAAGCAGGACAAAAGAGGCAACUUGUUUAGCAGUGUGGAGAAUGAUGCAACUACCUCUCUAAAUGUGGAAAAUGAAGAUCAACUCAAUGGAACUCAUUCAGAUAAAGAAUUGAAGGAAACAAGAAUUAGAGAUUCUCAGGUAUUAAAACUAAAAGAGGAACUUCAGAUGAUCAGUGCUCUCUCAAGCAAGUCAGAAAAUGACAGAUCGGUUGAGGCGUCAAGGAAUGUUGGAAGUAGUACGAGUGCUACAACAAAGCCCACAGAUCUUCCAAAGCUGAUUUUGAGGUCAGCAGAUGCCAACACAGAGAACCCACAGCUGAGACAUCUGUCCUUACCAGGAGUGUCGAGCAUACAAGAUCUUCAGAAUUUGUUUGAAAAGGCUGAUGAUGCUGAUGGAAAACUAUCCUAUGAAGAUCUUCAAAAGCUACUUGGUUUUACAGUCCAAGAUUUGCAGAGCUUUAAGGAAUUUGAUACAGAUGGAGAUGAGAAAUACUCAUUACAAGAACUGAGAUUAGCUUUAGGUGUAUAGAGUAUAUAUUUAGAAAUGUAAUACUGAUGGAUGCUACUGUAGCUAAAGGAAGCUAAAGGAUAUGAAAACAUUGUUGCACUUUCCCUUUUUUUUUUUUUGAGCUAAAUUGCAGUGCACAUUUCCACUCCUUCAUUUGUGUUUGUUAAAAAAGAAA